AGUACUUCCCAUCCCGGAUCUAAUGGGGGCGCUGCAUUGACUCAACUCAGCGUAACUGCUGCUUUGGUAAAUCUGCUGAAGAAGACGACGACGGAGAGACAAGAGGAAGAAAAUGACAGGGCGCGCAAAAAGAAAAACCAAAUCCAAUCAGGAGUCACUCUCAGCCAAUGGACAGGUGAAGAAAUCCCGAGCUGGUAAAUACGAAGCUCUACCUUCAUCAAGAGUGAACAUAAAGCAACAGGAAGAGCUGGCUCAGCUGUACGGUUUCCACAUGCCAGAAGAUCUGUACCACUUCUGGGACUUCUGCAAGGAACUCAGUCCUGACAAUCCCCGUGGUGCCCUGAAAGACACUCUGGGUCUGCAGCUGGUCGGCCCGUUUGACAUUCUGGCAGGAGCUCACAGAAACGCCAAGAAUCCUCAGCCCAACUUUCAUCUGCAUUGGAGGUAUUUCUAUGACCCCCCAGAGUUUCAGACUGUACUCAAAGGAAGUGAGGACACCCAACAUCACAUGGGCUACUACAGAGAUACUCCAGACUCUCUUCCUUCGUUUGUUGGGGAAAAUCAAGCGAAGAAGGGCUGCAGCAUAACACAGAUGGGAGAUAAUAUAUUUGCAGCAGUUCACCUGUAUUUGCUAAGGAAGAAGAAAGAGAGGAGCAGUAAGAGAGCAGAGGAAGAAGCCUUGGAAAGCUUGGAGUUGAAGCUGAGAGACAAGGCAGAGACUUUACGCUUUUCUUUAGAGCAGAAGACCAAAGGUAUAAAGGAGCGGGACCGAAAGGUGGUUACCAAGACCUUCCAUGGUGCUGGCAUUGUUGUGCCUGUUGACAAGAACGAUGUGGGAUACAGAGAACUACCAGAAACAGACGCUGGUCUCAAGAAGAUCUGUAAAGCCAUUGCUGAAGCUCGAAAUGAUGAGGAACGUGUCAAAGCCUUUGGACCGAUCCAGGAGAUGAUCACGUUUGUUCAGUUUGCUAACGACGAGUGUGACUAUGGAAUGGGCUACGAACUUGGAAUUGACCUCUUCUGUUAUGGAUCCCAUUAUUUUCACAAGGUGGUCAAGCAACUUCUACCAAUGGCCUACAGCUUGUUGAAAAGGAAUUUGUUUGGGGAAAUUUUGGAGAGCCAUCUCACCAGUCGCAGCCAUGACAACUUGGACCAACUCUGUGCACACUAAAAUAAAGGAGUCAGCAGUCCCAUUAGAAGUUCUCAUUCUGGUUCUCAUAAGCUUUCCCGCCAUGUGUCCUUGAUUACUGGUGUUUGUCAUGGUUAUUGCUUUGUAGUGGUUCUGUUGCUGUCGUUUAUGGAAUCCUUUCAGCGGUAUAUUGUUUGUCAGGGUUAAUGUGUAAUAAAGCCUUUUUAUAUUUUUAAA